CCCGGCGGGUACAGAGUCCUGUCUUUCGUAAUUCGCCGUGUUCGGCGUCUACGUUCACUUCACCCUUCGAUGAACGGGACUUCACGUGGAUUCCAAUUGAAUCUGCCCUGCCGCUUCCGUCUUGUCAGGGGUCAAAUUCCAUUUGAUCGGGAUGUGUGAAUCUUCUGCCCUUUUAGCUUGUGUUGAUGAUUCCUCAUGAUGCAUCGAGGAUUCGCUCAAUCACAGCUAUUGCGCAGGCUGGAUGGAAUGCCGAGGUUUACUUCCAAGCUCUGUGAUUGCCAGAUGUAGCAGUGAUUAUGUUGUUUUGAAAGAAUAGAGAACUCUGCAGCUCAACACUGGCAAUCCUAUUCAGAGUAUUGCUCCGGCGAUGCAAGAAGUGAAUCUUUCUGUACAAUUGGCCGUAAAGAGACGAGGGAUUUUGUUGGCGUAGGAGUGAUGAGACCUUCUUGCAGUUCCAAGUUUAUGGGAAGGUUUAAGCUUUGGCUCUGGUGAACAAUCUUAGGCGAAUUUGGGUGGAGUAAAUAAUCGCAGGGUGGAAUAUCAGAGAAACCUUUUGGUGUGCGCAGGGUUUUUGCAAAACCCUAAAUGGUCACCACUUCCUCUCUAGCACCGGGAUGGCCAGGCUCACUUGUCUCUGUCAGAUCGUCGCAAUGCUUGUAUGGUUCCAGUAGGCACCUUCGCCUGGGCCACAAAAGGCAGAAGUCCUCGGCUGCCCUUACUGAUAAUAAGCGCUGCCAGUGCCGAUGUUUUGUGGAGGAAGUUUCCCAUGCGUGGAAACAAUGGCGUGGGUGGAGAAAAUCUAGCCGACCAUAUAAGGAUGGGAAGAAGCUUCCCGUGGUGAUCUUCGAGGGAGGCCGACAAUGGCAGUAUGUUUUCGAUGGAGAACAAAUACGAGCUGUAGAGUUUGAUGGGGUAUCUCUGCAGAACGGAGAAGCCCGAAAUGAAAGUGUGAGUGGUCAGGUCGCUGGGAGUGUAUUAAAGCUGAGGCAAACAUUGCAGCGAAUCUUUGUUCCGGAUCAAGUUUGGCCGCAUUACCUUGUGUAUCUGAAAUGGAAACUCGUUCACCGCUUUUUGAGCUCAGUACUCCAUUUUCAGUGUACUCAGGCUAUGCUAUGGGCCGUUGGGGUGGGGGCGAAACGGAGACUUCCAGCAGCUGCUGCCCUGAACUGGGUGAUGAAAGAUGGGGUGGGACGAUUGGGGAAACUUCUUUUCACAGCGAAUUUUGGCCGAACCUUCGACUCAGACCUAAAAAGAGUGCGCUUUUGGACGUCAGUUUUGUUCAGCUCGAGUGUAGGCUUGGAAAUAUUGACUCCUCUGUUUCCUCAACAUUUCCUGCUCUUAGCAACACUCGCCAACAUUGCAAAGUCUAUAGCUUAUGCUGCCUACCUGGCUACAAGUUCAGCUAUUCACCGGAGCUUUGCAUUGGGGGAUAAUUUGGCGGAUAUUUCUGCUAAGGGAAUGGCACAGACGGUGGUUGCGGACAAUCUAGGACUUGCUGCCGCAGUCUGUCUGAGUCAGUUUAUCCAUAAUUUUCCGAAAAUUGAGAAAUUCUUACCUCUAGCAAUGUAUCCUGUAUUGGCAUCAGCAGAAUUGUUUGCAAUUUAUCAGCAACUUCAAGCUGUGCAUCUACAAACUUUGAACAAGGAGAGGUUGGAGAUCAUUAUCAAUAUAUGGGUGAAGGACCGCAGGAUACCAAGUUUUGAGGAGGUUAGCAAGAUCGAAAACGUUGCCUUGCUCGAUCUUUUCAGAGAGGGGGGUUCAGGUUUUAAGAAUCAAUUAUCUUUGCGAAUUGGUGCUGUUUCCUUGCGGUAUCUUACGCCUGAAGGUCUCAUGAACAUUGUUAACUUACGAGAAACCCAAAAAUAUACCCUCUGCCUUGAGCCACAUUUUUCAUCACCUUUUCGUGGGCAUCUCAGCCUUUUACAGCCGAGACUGCUCCUGUGGCUCAAUGAAAAGGCGACCACUGAAGAUAUCAUCAUGGGCGUUUUACAGGCGUGUCAUAUAAGAACCACGAUCACCUCAAAGGCGAGCUUGGAGCAACUAGGAAUACAAUAUGAGAAAGGGGAUGUUAAUGGCAGAUGGCGAAAUCUUCUUCUUGAGAGCAGGACGCAUGCAGAAGUAGAUUUCAAACCACUUCUGGAUGCUAUUAAGGAUGGUGGUUGGAUCACUAGGAGGAUCUUGCUGAGCCCCAAAGAGCAAUGCAGUUUCAGCAUCCUCAAUAACUGAAGUUUACUGUCAUUCAAACACAAGCCGCCCUCUUAUUUGCAUAAGUUCAUGUCUAGGAUACAUUAUUGUUGUUUAGGAGGGAAUCGUUUCCAGCAACCAGCAAGGGGAUGCUGUACAAUGCAGGUUGAAAUCUGUUCGGACCAAAUUUGAAACCUACAGUUUGAGUGGUGUCAUCUGAUGUCUUCUUCUCAUCAUUUGAUUUCCUGGGUCCCCUUUGGUAACAUUAUCCUGUCUUGCCUAGCAACUCGUCCCUUAUUUCGAAGGGCCACACGAUUAGAAGAAUGAACAGAAAACGGAUUUCAAGGAAUUGAGAAUGUGGUAUGGAAGGAAAUUCCCUGUACAUCGUCCACUUUUGUAGACGGAAACUUGGUAUCAAACAAUUGCAUCUCCACAUAUAAAAGACCUACGAGGGCAAAGGGACCACCCAUGUAUAGUAAAUUGCUUGAAUAAAAAACUGACGCUGGAACUACAUGUUCUGAAA